CCUUAACCACUCCCCGUCCUUCCCAUGUAUAUAAACGGCCAGAUGGGAGCAGUGCAGGGACGGGUGGCCGUUUAUAAAUGGCCUCCCCGCUCCCUGCUUGUGCGCGCUCCCUGGGACACCGUGGAACACCGACCGUUGUACGGGACCUCUGUGUGAGGUCCUGAUUAUGUGAUCACUGAUUGGCCAAUCAGUGAUCACGUGUGAAAUCAGUGAAUGAUCACAGAGGUCAAAUGGUACAAGGCUAUUCACAACAGCCUUGUACCAUGUG